AUGUCUAACUACCCAUCGAAAGGCAAGACGCCCUGCCCAAUGACAGCAUUAUACGUUCUGCUCUUAGCAAUAGGUAUUCUAAUGAUUUGGGCGAGUGUUCUUCUGUGCCGAUUUAUUCGCGCAGUCUCAGGAGGCAUAGUGGACUCAAUAGAUGCUACACGUGAAGAAAUUCAGGAGGAAAUAAGUGCAAUUUUAUACGAAAGCAUGCAAGGAAAUCCUGCAACUGGCGAAGAAGCUGUAAAGCCACACGAAGAUCAUUCAAGUACACAGCAUAGAAUACCCAUGUAA